AUGUUUCCCACGCGCGCCCUGCUGGGGCGAUCAGUCUGGAAAGGCCCGAACAUCGUCCCUCUCCCCCUCCCGCGCACCCUCCCUCCACCACCAAACACGCCCCCAAUCCGCACGCAGAAGCGCAGCGCAACCAUCCUGCCCAACUUCGUGGGCAUCCGCUUCGCCGUGCACAAUGGCAAGACGUACCAAGAGGUUCUGAUUACAGAGGAGAUGGUUGGGCGGAAGCUGGGUGAAUAUGUUCCGACUCGGAAACGCUUUACGUAUAAGCAGUCCAAGAACAAAUAG